AUGGACAAACGGUCACGCUUCCCAAACUGUGUCCAGCAAAAAUACACAAGAAAGGAUAUAAUCGUGCCUACCGCUUUCAGCUUGUUGUGCGCUGCAGUCAAUGAGUGUCCAUCAGUAAGUCCUCGUGGCUACUCCAAUCCAUAUCGAUUAGGGAAAAACGGUCCGAAGGUUCCAAAGGUGGUUUGUGGGAAAUGUUCAGAGUUUCGUGCUCGCCUUUCGUACGACAAUAACCGCACCAACCGUGUUUGCAUCGACUGCCACGCCAUGCUGGUGGAGGCGUCGCCAUCGCCCGCCCUGCUGAGCAGCAGCAGCCAGAGGAGGCGCUCCAUCCUGGAGAAACAGGCCUCCCUGGCAGCGGAGCACAGUGUGAUUUGUAGUUUUUUGCACCACAUGGAGAAAGGGAGUGGGCGCGGCUGGCAGAAAGCCUGGUUCGUCGUCCCGGAGAACGAGCCGCUGGUGCUCUACAUCUACGGAGCUCCACAGGAUGUGAAGGCGCAGCGCAGCGUUCCUCUGAUUGGCUUCGAGGUCUCCCUCCCCGAGUCAUGUGACCGCCUCGAGCGCCGCCACGCCUUCAAGAUCUCCCAGAGUCACCUGACGCUGUUCUUCAGCGCCGACUGUGAGGAGCUGCAGCGACGGUGGAUCGACGUCCUGCUGCGCGCCGGGAGAGGGGAGGAGCCUCAGGUGCAUCGGCCAAUCGUGGAGAGCGUGGAGGAGGAGGGGGAGGAGCUUGCGACCGUAGCAGAGGACGAGAACACGUGAUUCUAUUGGACGAGAGAAAAAAAUGGCAACGAUGAUUAAUAUUGGUCCCUGUUGGAAACCAUUACAAAACCAGUAGCUGAUAUUUACACACACACACACACACACACACUGCAUGAUGGCGUCUCUUCUUCUUCAACUUUUUUCGUGAGGCAGUGAUGUGGGCGGAGCCUCUUCUCCCGCAGGAAUCAUGGGAACCACUGUGUUUUUCAUCCCCUCAGUUUGGUCUCAAACACACAAAAAAAGAGUAAAGAGCUCUCUGAUUGGACGGAUUUCCUGGAACAUGAAGCACAUUCAUCAGCUGCUGUUAUAAACAUUUUACCUUAUGGUUUCCACUGAUCCAGUGUUCAGAAGAUCAACAGGUGUUAACUUAGUGGUUAAAUCACGUUGUUUUUUCCACUUUAAUACAGCAGCAACAACCAUCAAGGAGUCACACAACACGUAGAGGGUUUUAAUAACAAAACCGGCAGAUCUAAAACUCCAGUUAUUAUUACUGAUACGUUAUCUGUCAGUGCAAGAAUAUUCAAUUAUUUCAACAAUUUUCAGUUUUCUGCACAGACCAGUAAAAAGUGAUCUUGUAUGAAGACACUAGAUUUACAGAAGCUCGGAAACACAAAGCAGAUCUGCAACAUUAAGGGAUUCAGAUUGGACAAACUGAGACACUGGUGAAUUCACAAUAACUGGAUUGGAGCUUCUUUUAGUUUCAUGAAUUGUGCAGCAUUAGCAACCUGUAUUUGCGCCGUCCCAAGAUCCGGUUCACAACAGAUAAUGCCCUAAUUAUGUUAAAAUGCAAACACCCUUUGAGAUUUGCAGCUUUAAACUACUAUCCUUGUCUGUGAGUAUAAAUGUGCUUCAAGUAACACAAACUCUCUGAAGACACUAAUAAUUUCACUGUAACUGCGUGUGGCUGUUACCGCUAAACAUUGUGAUUCGGACUGUUUUUGCACGAUGCUCAAUUUAAUGCCAAAUCCCAGCAAAUUCCCUGAUUUAAAAACGUGCAAAUACCACAGGAGAACGGAGAAGCAAUUGUCUUGGAAGAGCAAUUAGGAAUGCAUUUAACCUUUUGUUGGCGCUUUGAGAAAUAAGCAGUUUCUUAUUGUUAUAUUCAUGCAGGUUUAGGGAUUUGGCUGCAGAAGCUUUGCAA